AUGGCGGCCAUCAGCAAGUAUCUCACGGCUAAAAACUCUUCCAUAGGAGCCGGGGUGUUGCUGGUUUUGUACUUACUCAGACGGAGAAGGCGGGCGAGCAGACAGCAAAGACAGGGAUCCACAGAGCUGCUCCUGGCUGCAGAGAAGGAAGCACGAAAGGACAAAGCCGCCGUGGAUAAAGUGUUCUUCUCCAGGUUAAUGCGAGUAGUGCGCAUUAUGGUCCCAGGCGUCUUCUGCAUGGAGAGCGCCUACCUGCUGCUCAUCGCUGCCAUGCUGGUGGCUCGGACCUACUGUGACGUGUGGAUGAUUCAGAACGGGACCAUGAUCGAAAGUGCAAUUAUCGGCCGCUCCACAAAGGACUUCAAAGUCUUCCUCUUCAGCUUCAUCAAAUUCAUGCCAGUGAUUGCCUUAGUGAACAACUUCCUGAAACUGGGCCUGAACGAGUUAAAGCUGCGAUUCAGGGAGAGACUCACCAAGAAUCUGUACGACCAGUACCUGCAGGGUUACACUUACUACAAAAUGGGCAACCUGGACAACCGGAUAGCCAAUGCUGACCAGCUGCUCACACAGGACGUGGAGAGGUUCUGCAACAGUGUGGUGGACCUCUACUCCAACCUGAGCAAGCCUCUGUUGGACAUCGGCCUGUACAUCUUCAAACUCACAAGUGCCAUUGGAGCUCAGGGCCCUGCAAUCAUGAUGGCCUACCUGCUGAUCUCAGGUCUGUUCCUGACCCGGCUGAGGAGGCCCAUAGGCAAGAUGACCGUCAGCGAGCAGAGAUACGAGGGAGAAUACCGCUACGUCAACUCCCGCCUCAUCACCAACAGUGAAGAGAUCGCCUUCUACAACGGGAACUUGCGCGAGAAGCAGACCAUCCACAGCACCUUCAAGAAGCUGGUGGACCACUUACACGCCUUCAUCUUCUUCCGCUUCUCCAUGGGCUUCGUGGACAGCAUCAUCGCCAAAUACAUAGCCACAGUGGUGGGCUACCUUGUGGUGAGUCGGCCCUUCCUGACCUUGUCGGACCCUCGGCACCUGAACAAGUCUCAGUCUGAGCUACUGGAGGACUACUACCAAAGCGGGCGCAUGCUGCUAAGGAUGUCCCAGGCUCUGGGCAGGAUCGUUCUGGCCGGACGAGAUAUGACCCGCCUCUCAGGGUUCACAGCCCGGAUCACAGAGCUGAUGAAGGUGCUGAAGGAGCUGAACGCAGGCAGAUACGAGCGCACCAUGGUCCAGCAGGACAAAGACUCGGACUUGUCUCAGAAGAUGGUGCUGGUGCCAGGCAACGGGCGAGUCAUCAACGUGGAUAACAUCAUCAAGUUUGAGCAUACGCCAUUAGCCACGCCCAAUGGAGACGUCCUCAUCAGAGACCUCUCGUUCGAGGUGAGGUCUGGUACUAACGUGCUGGUGUGUGGGCCAAACGGCUGUGGGAAGAGCUCCUUGUUCAGAGUGCUCGGAGAGCUUUGGCCUUUGUUCGGUGGAGAGCUGACCAAGCCAGAGAGGGGCAAGCUCUUCUACGUGCCACAGAGGCCGUACAUGACGCUGGGCUCACUCAGGGACCAGGUCAUCUAUCCAGACACACAUGAGCAGCAGAGGAGGAAGGGCAUCUCCGACCAGGUGCUGAAGGAGUACCUGGACAAUGUGCAGCUGGGACACAUCCUGGACAGAGAGGGAAACUGGGACGUGGUGCAGGACUGGAUGGACGUGCUGAGUGGGGGAGAGAAGCAGAGGAUGGCUAUGGCUCGUCUGUUCUACCACAAGCCUCAGUUUGCCAUCCUGGACGAGUGCACCAGCGCCGUGAGUGUAGACGUGGAGGACUUCAUCUACAGCCACUGUCGCACGGUGGGCAUCACGCUGUUCACAGUGUCCCACAGAAAGUCCUUAUGGAAGCACCACGAGUACUACCUCCACAUGGACGGCAGGGGCCACUACGACUUUAAGCCCAUCACAGAGGAGACGGUGGAGUUCGGCUCCUAA